UAAUACUAAAAAAUAAAAAAUUAAUAACUGAAAAAGUAAAAGCAAUUAAAACUGCUGUAAAUAACCAACAACAAAAAAUAUACUUGAACUGCUGAACAAAAUCUACAAAAUAAAACAACCAGCAACAAGACAGGCCUCAAAUAUAAAUAAAAUGUCGUUUAUUUGCCGAAAAUACAACAACAAUAUUUUCGCUACAUUACUGUUCCACAGUUUUCUGCUGCUUAGCUGUCAUGCGGAUCAUGCCGUCGCUCAGCGUAAAAACGACACCAAUCAGGUGUACGUGACCGAGUCAUGUCUGGAGAAGCCAUAUCGUUGCCCUCAUCCGAAAAUACAAUUCUACCUCUACACACGCCGUACCCAACAAAACCCCGAAUUCAUUGAUGUGCUGGACGACAAUGCGCUCUAUUACACACAUUUCAAUCCGCGGCAUCCCACCAAGCUCAUCAUUCAUGGUUUCGGUGGCGGGCGCAAUAAUAGUCCCAGUCCAGAUUUGCGCGAAGCCUACUUUAGCAUAGGCGAUUACAAUAUUAUAAUUGUAGAUUAUGCAGACGCGGUGAAGGAGCCCUGUCUCAGUCAAAUGGAAUGGGCUCCACGCUUUGGCAGUCUGUGCAUCUCGCAACUGGUUAAAUAUUUGGCGCGUCACCCGCGUGGUGUGCAGCCAGAUGAUUUGCAUUUGAUCGGUUAUAGUGUGGGCGCGCAUAUUGCUGGACUCAUUGCCAACUAUCUAAAGCCGAACGAAGGUAAGUUGGGACGGAUCACCGCCUUGGACCCGACUAUUUUCUUUUAUGCGGGCACAAACAAUUCGCGUGAUUUGGACUCGAGUGAUGCCAACUUUGUCGAUGUGCUACAUACGGGCGCCGGCAUAUUGGGUCAGUGGCAUUCGAGCGGUCAUGCGGACUUCUAUGUAAACGGUGGCACGCGGCAGCCGGCUUGUGUGGGUUCACCGACGCUAUUUCAAACUCUGGCCUGUGAUCACACGAAGGUGACUCCUUACUUCAUUGAAUCGAUAACAACGACGCGUGGUUUCUAUGCUGGUCCUUGUCCGAAUCUCUUUACUUACCUGAUAGGUUGGUGUGACCCGAAGGACUCGGAAUAUGUGCUAAUGGGUGAACAUGUCUCGCAUGACGCUAGAGGAAAUUACUACGUAACCACAAAUGCCAAACCACCAUUUGCAAGAGGCUUCCCGGGCAAAGGACGUUCCGCAAACAAUGGCGAGUAUCAAGGCGUGCGCAGAUAAUCCGAAAAAAUUACAAAAAACAUGCAUUUGUAUAAAAAAGUUUAGCUAGAAAAUAACUAAAAAUUAAUCUACUUCGAGUAUCUAAUAUUGAUUUAAUUGUAUGUAUAUAAGGGGAUAGUGCUUAUUUGUGAUUUUAGUUUUAGAGCUGGGAUGUUCUAACCACUGCGUACCAGUUAUUGUAUUUAUGUGAAAUACUCUACAUAUUAAGUAUUUUUAAUUGAAAUGUUAUAAAUAUGUAUAUAUGUGAGUGUGUAUAUUAGGAGCCAGAUUUUGUUCAAUUUAAAAUUUCUUUUAACUUGAAUUAUUUUCCAAAUUUAGUAGCACAGUUGGGGUUGGGAUAUUAUUUACUUAAGUUUAAUUUAGAAUUUGUCACGUUUUAUUAUUAAAAUGUAUGGAUUACGUGUUUUAUGUAUUUAUCAAAAAAGCCAUUUAUUUUCUUACGUGUAGUAUUGUAAAUAUUGUACAGAUGUACUUAAAAAAAUGUUU